UUUUUUUUGCCAUGCAUUAAAGUUUAUCAAAGUUUAUUGACAUACAAGUUUAAUUACAUUAUAUUUUAGUUUACAAUAUAGCACUACUCUUUAACCAUGUUUCAAAAAAUUAUGAAUUUCUAUGUAAACAUGUAUUUAAGUACUACUUAAAUGGGCCUAGAAAGCACUCUUAGGUUAACUGGUUAAUAAGUAAUUGUAUUUUGUAUAAAUUUAAACUAGAACACAACCAAUAUUUUCUCUAGGUCCAUACAUCAGUGAACAGAGCUGUUGAGUUUUUACAACUUACGACAGGAUUAGAGUUUCCAUCUCCAGAAACAAUACUGCAUGCAUAUUUGCAGUUUCAAGCCCUCACAGAACACGAAUAUAAUUACUCGUGCCCCACCUGUGGCGAUUAUCCUCCGGUGGUGAUCAUGGGUGUACACAAACAGACUGCUUCUCCAUUAUCAGGAAGUUACAUUGAAAAACCUCCAGGGAAUUUUAAAGGGGAGGUCAAUCUGGAAGAGUUCUGGGAGUCACUGUCCAAAGAGAUGAUCAGUCGAGGAUUUGUUGCAAAUGGCAGACACAAUCUUUUUGCAGUACCACCAAGUUAUCAUUUUUGGGCUCCUUGGAUAGCCAAAAGCACACGGCAUUCAGACACUGUGCUAAACACAGAGUUUGAGAAAGUUACACAGGAAAGACUCAGAGAAGAACUUUUCAAACAGAAGGAUGAUGUUAUUAGAAGUUUAUGCCAUGAAUGUGCUGUGGACUCUACUGGAUCUCGCAGCGAUCUCCUUCUUAGAUUGUCUGAUGAAAUGAAAUCCACGCAAGCAUAUGACAAAAUCUAUGCAAAAAUCUGGAGUGCCACUGGAGGCUGGGGAGUCAUUAUGUGCCCCUGUGGAAUUGUUUACAGUCUAAAGUGCAGUUUUCAAGCUGAGAGCCAUCGAGAUUUUGCUGAUUUGUUGUUAUCGUGGCAUCAUAUGCCUAAUGUCAUCAUUUAUGACUUUGCACAGGCUCUUUCUAAACACACCAAUCUAAGGGCAUCAGAAAAGCUACCCAUCUCUCCGUUUGAAGGACGCCUGGCUGAACCCACUCAAGCUAGCAUAGAACUGGCCAAGUGUGGACAGCUGAAAGUGUCCCUGCCCUGGCUAGAUGAGAAAACGAGAGGGACAGAUCCUCACGGACACCCGGUGACGGGUUCAUCUGAUCACUACGUACUUUGUUACCAUUUUCAUGAAGGCAGCACAGAAGAUGAAGAUGUUCUGAGGAAGCUCACCCUCGUGCCUCAGCUGGCCGACAAAGUCAAUAGUGAGAUUACAGAGCAACUCUUUGCUCAAAUGAAGAAAAACGACUACUUUUUGGACAUGUCUUUGCCAUCAACACAUCUGUUUCUAAUGAGGAACAUCAUUCACCACUAUAAUGAAAACAAGGCCAACAAACUAAGCACCAGAUCAGCCAAGAGUUUUGGAUCCAACUUGCUGACUGAAGCUGUGUUGGUUAAAUUUUAGAUUUAUAUUAUAAUACGCAGCAUCUG